UCAAGGACAAYGCUCAGCUACUACCACKUAAAACUUUAGCUGCACAUCCGUAAAACUGUCUGAGUCGUAACCAUUUUUGUAUUCUCUGUGGUUUGUUGGCUGUGGUGGCCAUCUUGAAUUGGGUUGAAGCUGAAAGUCAAUCAGACGUAGACAUGGAUCCAAUCAAGACUUGGUGAGGAAUUCGCUCAAAUCCAUCCAGUAGCUCUGGAGAUGUUUUGCUAAAAGACAAAUCCUGUCAACUCUGUCGGUGCUCAAUGUAUAAGUUGGGGAUCGCUCUCAGCUACUACCAAGCCGAAUUAUAGCUCAAUGUGUGURAUAUUGACUUCACUGCUGUGGCAGCCAUCUUGAAUGUGAUUGGCUCUGCAGUUUAUUAUUUUUUUUAUUUGAUUCAGCCCUGGCAGCUCGUCCACCUCUCCACCCCGCUGGAUGUUGAUGAACCAGUCGUAGCAGUAUUUUUCAUUCCCUCACCCCGGAGGCACCACGCUGCCUGCGCCUCUGUGUGUCCUUCUGCUUUUUUUUUUUUUUUUGUGUGUGUGUGUGUGCCUGUUUUUUUCCUCUCCUGCUUUCAGUCGUUCUCUAUCACUGGUGUUAGUGGCUCAGCUGGUGGAGAGUUUGUUGUUGUUGUUGGCUGUAUGAGGGGUGUGAUGGCGUGCCGUCUCUCUGGCUCCGGCUCCUACAACGUUGUCGUCAUCCCGCUCAGGACCAGCCUCUGCAGCCUGGACGCCCUUCGCUUCUACCUGUCCUCAUUUCAGAUUAAACGUCUGAAAGACUUGGAGAAGGAGAAGGACGCCCUGUGGUCUGGACUGGAGAUUUUGGACAGGGGUCGGCUCUGGUACCACCAGCGGCUCGAGGAGAACCGAGCCCGUUGGGACAUCGAGAGCAGAAUUUGGUCGAGCAGCUACCAGAAUGAAUUAGUGGAGGCUCGGUCCUGCCUCCUCAGAUCUCAGAUCCAGAGGGUUAAUGGUUCUCUGGGUUCUGUUAUGAGUGAACCCAACGUCAGCAGAAAUCCUUGGGUUUCUGACGCCGUGGCAGACAGCGACCUCCGGUGGCACAACACGGCCCUGACUCAGAAAGUGAGCGACAAGAAUCAUCAGAUCUCCUUGUUAGAACUGGAAAAAGAUGCUCUCCUUCAGCAGCUUGAGGACCUGCAGGCUGCCAGAAUGCACCAAAAUCCACACAAGCUGCGCCGCAGAUCUGCAUUUUAUUGAUUGUUUCAGUUAAUAGCAUUUUAAUUAUUUGUAAAUAUCUAUUUAAAUUAAAACACAGCUAUGGUUGCAUCAUUUGWCUAUGGUU